CCAUUAACUUUCCAAGAUGGCGGCCCACAGAUGUAAACAUGCGACUUAAUCUAAAAAAGCUAGUGGUGGUAAACUUUAAUACUUCUAUAGCACGCAUUCGUGUGAUAUCUAGCGGUUCGACAAUAACUUCCAGUGCUGAACUGUUAACAAUAGACACCCGUUUGUGAGUUAGACUGUCGUUACCGAGGCCGAGGAGCUCAUAUUAGCGAACUAACGUUGCGUUAGCCGGGCAGCACACAGCCAUGCCAGCGCAGACCAUAUUCGUUGGUUCUCUACCAGCUUCAGCUUCAAAUGAACGCUUAACCGAAAUAUUCUCUGAAAUUGGUCCGGUGAAGCAAUGCUUCGUGGUCAGAGAGAAAGGAACAGAGACAUGUCGGGGAUUUGGCUAUGUCACAUACUCCAUGGAGGAAGAUGCACAGCGAGCCAUGAAAGAAAUAAAAGAAUACGACGGAAAGAAGCUUUCUCUGUCAGUGGCAAAGAAGAAAAUAAAAGACAAAAAGAAAACAGCACCUAAAGAGCCAGCUGCAGCACCUAAAGAGCCAGCUGCAGCACCAAAGGAGAGUGAGAAGAAACCCAAAGGCUUCAGGAAAGUCCAAAUGAAAGCCAGACUCAUCAUAAGGAACCUUAGUUUUAAGUGCUCCGAAGAUGACCUGAAGCAAGUUUGUGCCAAGUUUGGAACAGUUCUUGAGGCCAAAAUCCCCCUCAAACCUGAUGGGAAGAUGCGAGGAUUUGCGUUUGUCAUGUUUAAAAAUGUGUCUGAGGCAGCGAAAGCACUUAAUGCUCUGAACCUGAAGGAGAUAAAAGGACGGCAGGUAGCAGUCGACUGGGCUGUGGCUAAGGACCAGUUCAUUGCCACACAGCCAUCCCCAAGUGCAGGAACUAAGAAUACCGUGGAGGAAACAGCAAAACAGUCAGACACAGAGAGCGACACUGAUGAGGAGGAUGAAGAAAAGACGCAAGCAGCACCCGAGAAGAAGAAAGUCACUGCCAAACCAGCUGUACAGCAGGUGGAAGAAUCAGAUGAUGAAGAUGAUAGUGAGGAGGAGGAGGAGGGUGAUGAUGAUGAUGAUGAUGAUGAUGAUGAUGAUCAAGAAGAAGAAGAGGAGGAGGAGGAUAUGUCUCAGGAGGGAGAAGAUGAACGCGAUGAUGAUAAGAGUAGCCUCGAUUCAAAUGCUGAAGAUGAGAGUGAGGAGGAUGAGGACGACGAAGAGGAUGAAUCAGCUCGAAAGAAAGCCCCAAGGAAACCUCUCCCUUCAGAUGUGAAAGAGGGCAGAACAAUUUUCAUCAGGAACCUGUCCUUUGACACAGAUGAAGAGGGUCUUGAGGAAGUUCUCCUACAGUAUGGCGAACUUAACUACGUAAAGAUUUGUAUCCACCCGGACACAGAACAUUCAAAAGGUGUUGCAUUUGCUCAGUUUAAGACUAAGGAAGCUGCAGACAAAUGCAUCGCUGUAGCACAGGAUGAGGCGGAGAGCGGUGGGAUUCGUGUCGAUGGCAGAAAGCUGUUGAUUGCGGCAGCAGUGACCAGAGAAGAUGCCGCCAAGCUGAAAGUCGACAAGGUGAAAGUACAAACGGGCACCAGGAACCUCUACCUGGCCAGAGAGGGAUUGAUCCGUGCUGGAACCAAGGCUGCAGAGGGUGUGUCUGAAACAGACAUGAUCAAAAGAACCAGAUUUGAAGAAGUAAAGAGGGCCAAGCUACGAGACAUAGGUGUGUAUGUGUCAAAGACUCGUCUGUGUGUCCAUAACCUGCCCAAGUCAGUGGGAGAUAAACAACUCAGAGAACUCUGCUGCCAAGCAGUAAAAGGGGACAAGAGAAUCAGGAUCCCAGAGUGUCGGGUGAUGUAUGACAGGAAGCCAGAGAAGGGUCAGGUUAUGGGACAAUCGUUAGGUUACGGCUUUGUCCAGUUCCAGGAACACGAACACGCUCUCAGCACCCUUCGUUACCUUAACAACAACCCCGACAUCUUUGGCUCAAACAAGAGACCUAUUGUUGAGUUCUCCCUGGAGGAUUCAAGAAAACUCAAAAUAAAAGAAAUGCGACAACAAAAAAAUAAGGAGUUUUCCAGAAAUCAGUCUUUUAAAGGAGGAGCGAAACCUCAGUCCCAGACUGCCCAACAUGGAAAAGGACCAUGGAAAGGUGGAAAUAAAGCACAGUCCUCAGCAGAGCAGGCAGGAAAGGAGAGAGCAGCUCCUCCUCAAAGCCAGAGGCAAAACAAAUACUUUGGCUUCCAGACCAGACCUGAGGUUGAGCAUGUAAAUUUGGAGAACGGAAAGAAACGGAGGACGGUUCUAGCUUUGCCCUCCCAUCGUGGACCUAAGAUCAGAAUGCGUGACAAAGGAAAGCCACAGGCUCCACCACCCAAACAAGCAAGGGCUGGAUCCAACAGGAAGGAGCAUCAAAGACGACAGAUGGAAAAGCCCACACAGCCCAGAAACCAGAAGGCUAACACAGCAAAGAAGAAUUUCAAGGGCAGGGAUCGGGACCGUUUUGACAACCUGGUGGAGCAAUAUAAAAAGAAACUGAUGGGCAGCGGUGACAAGAACACCAACAUGAAAAGAAACAAGUGGUUUGAUAGUUAAUUGUGUGUGUGUGUGUGUGUGUGUGUGUGUGUGUGUGUGUGUGUGUGUGUGUGUGUGUGUGAAAGAGAGAGAGAAUAAAUGUGUUUAUGGCAACAGAGGUUCUCCACAUUUGACAUCCAGAGGUUUUAGAAUAAGUACAAUAGUUCGGUGUCAGUUGUACAGUAUACAAUGUCCAUGUGUGAAGCUUUAAUGCCACUUACCCGUUCCUGCAUUUCUGUAAUCAGUGUUUGUUUUUUACUACUAAACAAACUAAAUAAUGUAAGAUUUUUUCCCCCCCGUGUACAUGGCUUUUUAUGAAAAUAUAUUAAAACCAUUGCAUUUGCA